AUGACGGAGGAUAACCGACCGCCGCCGGGGAGGCGCCGCGUGAUCCUACACGUCGACGCCGACGCCUUCUUCUGCCAGGUGGAGCGUCGCAGAAACCCGGCACUCGCGGGGUGCCCGGCGCUCGCGGUGCAGCAGCACCAGGACGUCAUCGCCGCGGACGCGGGUGCGAAGAAAGCGGGCGUGACCAAGCGAACGCCGCCGGCGGACGCCAGGGCGCUCCUUCGACGCGUCGGCGGCGCCUUGGUGCACGUGCACACCACGACGGGGCAGAGGGUGAGUUACAGGCCGUACCUGGCGGCGAGUCACGAGCUCCACAGCCUGCUCGCGUCCGCGGAUCUGGCGCGGGAGGUAUCGCGCGACGGAUUCAACGGCGUCGCGGUGGAGAAGGCGUCCAUCGACGAGGCCUACGUGCAGUUACCCACCGGCUCGGACCUCCGCGUCGACGGUGCGCGAUGCGCUGACGUCAUCAGGGACGUCGUGAAGGCGCGUCUGGGCAUCGUCGUGUCCGUGGGCGUCGCGCACAACAAGCUCCUCGCGAAGCUCGCCGGAGCCUCCGCCAAACCCGACGGGCGCCGCGUGAUCGUUUCCCGGGAGGACAUCGCGGACCUGCUCGCGACAACCCCCGCGCACGAGUUACCCGGCUGCGGGGGCGCGCUCGCGGCGAAGAUACGCGCGACGCUGGGUGUGACCGCCACCGUCGCCGACCUCGCGAGGCUGCCCGAGUCGGCGCUCGUGUCGGCGCUCGGCGCGAACCCGGCCACAGCUCGCCUCAUCCACGCCAGAUCCGCGGGCGAGUGCGACGAUCCCGUGCGCCGGGGGCGCGGUAUCCUGAACAAGAGCGUCGGCGUGCACACGUCGUUGACGUUGACCCCGAGGGCGAUGUACGGGGUACCGGGGUGCGGGGUAUCCGCGUCGGGUGGAAGGCCCGGGAUGUUCGAGCCGCUCAGGUGCCGGGAGACGGGACGGCUGGACUCGCUCCUCCGCGCGAUGGCGUCGGACCUGGCGGGUCGGGUGAUGGACCUCGCGCACGCGGAGAAGCGAUGGCCGAGGACGAUGACGGUGUCGCUGAUCCUGGUGCUCGGGCGGAGUGAGAACGGUGACGGUAAGGAGGUUCGGUGUUCCAAGCGCGGACCGUUCCCCGACCGCGACCCUCGCGUGUCGGAAGCGGACGGGGAGACGGAGACGGGGAAAGCCGCGCACGCGACCGCGGAGGCGCUCACGCGAAGUCUCAUCGCGAACCGCGGCGAUGCGCUCGUGGCGAAGGUGUCCAUCACCGCCGGGGAGUUUAGAGCGUCGGCGGGAGCCGGCGGAGGCGGCGGCCUCGCCUCGUUCCUCUCCGCCGCGGGGGAAGGGACCGCGCGGGAGCCGGCGCCCGUGGACGACGCCGCGGUGGACGAUGCAAACGUCGACGAGGAUGCGGAGAACGUCGACGGGGACGAAGACGAAGACGAAGACGAAGACGGUGAAUGGUACCCGUCCCCGCCGUUUUACUUUAAUCCCACCGUGGAGACGAGCUCCUCGGGCGGCGGCGGCGAUCGGGUCGAGCCGCCCGGGAUGGAUGACGGCGUUGGGGACGGGGGGAUCGCGCCGGGCGCGGCGACGGCGCGCGAACCCGUUGAAUGCGUCGGCCCGGGCGCGGACAUCGCGUCGCCCCUCUCCCCGUCGCCGUCGGUACCUCCGGAACAGCUCGACGGGAGCGAGCCGAUUGACGCGACAAGUCUUUUGCGAUGCCUGGCCGAGGGGACGGUGUCUGGCGAGGAUGCCCGGCGGGCGCUUCGCAGGAGGCACGAGCGGACCGGACGCGCGGUGCCGACAUCGUCCGCAUCGACGCCAUAG